AUGGGCACACCGUCGUCGUCGGUGGAGGCGCGCCACCAGCACUACCAGACGGUGGCGUCGGCCACGUCCUCCGUGCUGUCCAUCAUCGGCGCCUUCUACAUCAUCGGCCGCUACUGGUACGCGCGCCGCCUCAAGGCCAAGUCGCUGUCGCUCUACGCGGCGUCGGCCCACCACCUGGACGUCACCAAGGAGCUCAUCCACAUCAUCGCCUACCUGGACCUCUUUGGCGCCACGGGCCGAGCGUUCGGCGUCCUCCCCACCGAGACCUUCGACCAGGACGCAGGAGAACCCGUGACGCCCAUCUGCAAGAUCCAGGCCUUCAUCAUCACGUUCGGGGAUGGCGCGCCGAUCGCGUGGAACUUCAUCAUGGCGCUGAAUUUGUACCGCUGGGUGUGCAUGGGCGAGGACCAGCAGAUGCUCAUGAAGAAGAUCAAGUGGUACAUCGUCAGCACGAUGCUCUUCACGCUGGGUAUCCCGUCCAUUUGCCUCAUCUUCAACAAGUUCGGCGACGCCGGCCUCUGGUGCUGGGUCGUGGUCGAGGACGACAAGACGGAGGAGCUCUGGUGGAUGUUCGGCGUGCUCUACUUCUGGGUCAUCGCCGGCGGCAUCGCCCUGACGGUGUUUCUCGUGCUAGUCAAGAUCAACAUGAAGAAGCGCCUCAAGACGUACGAGAACGACGACGCCAACGACGCGUACUACGCCGUGGUGCACAACCUCACGGUCUACAUCUCGGGCUUCAUCCUGUGCUGGCUGCCAGCCGUCGUGGAUCGCGCGUACGCCACCUUCUCGGGCAACACGUCCUUCACGCUGGACCUGCUGCACGCCACGAUCGUGCCGCUGCAGGGCUUCAUCAACGCCGUCAUCUACGGCAAGUUCCACAUCUGGGUGGUGCGCCACGUGCGCGAGCCGUGGGUGAGUAACGCCGGCUCGUCCACUAAGAACAGCAAGCUCUCGGAGGACCUGCUGCGCCAGUCGGUGCGGAUGCGCGAGCAGGAGCGGCAUCACAUGGGAACGGCGAGCAUCUUCGUGACUACAUUCGAUAUGAACUGGACGCCGUGUCCGGCCAACCUGCACGACUGGAUCCCGCCAGGGAAGGAUUUGUAUGUGUUCUCGCUCCAGCACUGUGUCGAGGUGCAGACGAUCGAGCAGGUGAUCCGAGGAUACCUCCUUCAAGUGAAUUACCCGACAGCCUACCGUUCCAUCACUUCAAUUGCUGGCACGGCGGUGCGAGGCCACGUUCAAGAUGCGUCGGUGUGUCAAAUUGUGUUUGUAAAUAAUGCCGAUGAUGCCAGUGGCAAUGCCAAGUUUCAAGCAGCCGAUGGGCGAAUCUGGGCCCAGCGGAAGACGUUCAAUGAGGUCGUGGGUAUCCCCAUCCGCUAUUUCGAUGCGUCCAUCGCAUUCGUCUCGUGCAACCUUGGUACUUCACUCAGCAACAGCUCCCAGCGACUCUACCGACCAGUGGACAACGACUUGUUAACGAAGCACGCAGUGGCGUCUAGCCUCAUCCACUCGUUCGGAAUGGAUGCGGACCGCGCCGCUGUGGACUUUCCGAAUCUGUACCACCACACGAUUCUCUCGGGCAACCUGAACUACGACGUCGACAUGUCGACUUCUACUCUAGCUGCAUCCAUUGAUCAAGCGUACAAGGCUGAAUGUCUAAAGAGAGCAACUGACUCCGCGAUCGAAGCCCAGAUCAAGGCGAUCCGCAAAAUUGAGGGAAAGAGCAACAAAAAGUCAGGAGACUUCCAGCACGACAGUAUUAUUCUGGAGGAAGGCAGCGAGAGUUGGGAUGCUCAGCGUAGCAGUGCCGCAGCUUCGUCUUCAGCAAGUGGUGACAGUAUUUAUGAGGAAGUGUUUACUUCCUGCGAGGACGACCUCCCCUUCACAGUGCUCAAGUCACCAAUUGAUCGACCUCCGCGGCGACCAGGUCUGCUCACACCGUUUUUGGACGAUCGAGACCCCGACAGCCUGGCGAUUAUUAUUCAUGAAGGGGUUAAUUCAGUCCAAGAACCCGAAAAGGCUUACAACCCCAGCAACUGGGUUUCUUUCCUGAACGACCAGCUCCCAGCCCAGUCUCCAGACGGACGUCAAGCGUCGUCUGCUUCAGGCAACAAGCAGCGUGCGAUAGAUCGACUGGGAUCCAGCGGUCAUUUCGUGCCGUUUGCUCGUGGUCACCACAAGAAGGUCAGGGAUCUUUUGGCUAAGUCCGACUUGGUCACCGAAAACACGGGUCGCAAGUGGCAAGAGGUGCUUCGGUAUGACGAGUUGCGUGCAUCGAUUGAAGCCAAGGAGAUCUUCACAGGGUUUGAGGAACCCCCCAUCCGGUUCCUGCCGUCGUUCCCGCGCAAAAUCGGUGUUUCUGCGACCUUCUCGAUGGUGGGGGAGCGUUCGUGUCGCGAUCUCUUUUGUGAACCAGACGAGGAAAUGCUGGUCGGGGACUCACCGCCUGCGUACAAGGACCGCAUCUUGGCUCACUCGUUGAGUGACACGAAGCAGCGCCUGAAAAAUGUUGAGUACUGGUCGUGUGAAAAGAUUGUGACAUCUACACAUAAACCAGUCUGCAGUAUUUACGAGCUGGAGAUCGACCGCUUCUUUUCGUACAACAUGGACGAAGCAGCGAUUGCUGAUUUACGCCAGGGCAACCAUGCUCUCCGCGACAAGAGGGACGUGCACGAGUUCAAGAUCAAACUGGUGAAGCUGGAUGCGAAUAUCUGGACCUACGAGGAGCGAGACGGUGGUGGCGGUGGUUCUAUCCUGCAGAAUGCCGGGUACCGUUGGCGAGGGCACGGGUCACGCAAUGGGUCAAACCAGUCGAGCAGUCGGACAACAGGUAGACGGAGUCAAAGCAGUCGUGGGGCUAUCAACUCGAACAGCACCACGAGCAGCGGCGAGUCGUCUCGCCACAGUGGUCGGGUAUCGAUGAGCCGAAGGAGGCCAUCGAUAGCUCAAGUGGUUGGCCGAGUGCUACGGAAGAGCCGACUUCGCUCUGGUAGCAGCACGAGUUCGAGGACGACUACACCCAACCAGUACUCGGACUUCACGGUUGGGCCGAGUGGAGCGCAGCCCUUGGCCAUGACCAACGACCGCCUCUCCGCGCUCGCUGCAGGUCGAUUGGAGCUGGUUCCUGUGGAGCCCGUGAGUAUCUCAACCAUCUUCCCGUUGCCGUCUGAGGAUGUCUAUGCUCUCCAGCGCAAGGUGUACGAAGUCGCUCACCUGGUGCAGAACGGCUUCCAGUCCAGCGCCCGCGUGGACGACGACGAGGAGUCUCAGCUGGCCUACACGAACUUCCGCACUGCGUCGUGGAGGGAGGCGAUGGCGAACGGCGUGACGCACUCGGCCAUCACCAAGGCAGUGAAUGGCGGGGUGCACAUCGCAAUCAGCAUCGAAGCGGAGAAGGGCCACGGCGGCCAGGGCGUGUUGUGCCUCAAGGAGUCGGACCUGAUGAUGCACGCAGCCCCCGUGCUCUGUGACGCGGAGCCGAUCCCAUUUGACGUGACCCUCACGUGGGGAGGCAAGCACGUGGGCUAUCUCCACGGCGACAUCUUGUGUUCCAUGUAG